AUGAUUAACCCAUUUUACCUUCCAGACAAAGACCCAGAGCUUUAUCAUGAGCGUGAAGUCCAGCGUGCCAAAGAAGAAAUGGAACGCAAGGAUCGUCAACUAAUUCCUAUCCAAGAGCGUCACAACUAUGAUUCUUACCAUCAUCCAAGUGUUCUUGGAGAAAUCCGUUAUGAUUAGAUUAGUUAAAAUUAUUGCGACCGUCGGGGUUUAUUUCAGCCCCUCUCCGUCCAACGGAUAGCUUCGCGCUGGCGCUAAGCACUAUCCUCACACCACCUUUUUGCUUCUAUUGAGUAGUAUUGGGACUUUGCGCAGGGAGGGACUCUGCAGGUAAGGAACAAAGAUCUAGGGUCAGCCCCUAGACCAAAAACCCACCCCGGAGAACUAUUACCAUGUGGCUCGCCUUCCUGAGCCGGAUCGACUCACGGGUCACCAGAAGUCUACGUGAGAUCACGCAAUUUUAAUAAUUCUAUCCGUUAUGAAGAUUCAAAGGAACUAUUAGCGCUACCCUCCACAGCCCCAAAAUAUUCAUUUCCUUCCAAAAAAGAGACUAUCAGAGAAUUUAUUCAGCGAAAACGUGAAAUCUUGCUUGUUAAAAAGAGCAUCCAAAAUAAAAAAGAAAGAACAAAAUACCUUGAAGAAAUUAUCCAAGCGGAAGAAGAAACCCACAAAAGCAAUGUAAAAAUGCUUGAAGAUAAUAUGGGAAUUGUCGAUAAAUAUGAGGAUAAUUUAAAAAUCGAAGCUGAGAAAAAAGCUCAAGAAGCUCAAGCAAAAACAAAUGAAAGAAUAUCGAAGCAGACGAGGAUAUGCUAUUUAAUGUAAAUAAAUUGCCAUUCAUAUAUUGCAGAGCAUUCUCAGCAUACACAAAAUAACUAGAAAAAUAUAGAUAUUCAUACAUAGAAGGUAUAAAUGAUUUAGCAAAUGACAUUGAAAUGAAAAAUGGUCUUUUUGACAGAAAAAACGAAGAGCUAAAACAGCUUGAAGAAUAUAAAAAAUUCAUAGAUGAGCUUACACCUCCUGAGUUCAUUCAAAAACCGUCAGACCCUAAAGACCCAACUUUUCUAACAGAGCAAGACACUCCUCAAUUAUUCUUUAAAUCCCCUUGACAAUUAAUUGCUAGAAUAAAAUCUCUUGAAGAAGAAAACGUAAAUUUAAUUCAACAUGGUCAAGAAGCUGAAACUGAAUUAGAAGCCCUUCGGCUAAAAAAUGAAAUAAAAAAAGAUGAACUUAAUAAAAAGCUUGAGCAAAUUGCAAUUAAUAUAAACAGAUUAAAGUCAGAGAAACAAAAACUUAAAGAAAGAAUUAAAGCAUUAAGUGCAGAUAAAGAGGAAAAUUUUUUGGUUGAUGAAAGGACGAUGAUGAAAAUAAGAGAACAAAUAUUUCAGCUUUAUCAAGAAAUUGGUGGUGAUGCAAGCAAUAAUCCUACAGAUCUCGAUAUGCUGUUGGAAAUAGAAAAUAAACUUGAGCAGCUGCUUAACCCCCAUGAGUGAACAAAAAAUUUUUGCUCGUAGAGAGGUUUAAUUUUUUUUUCUCAAAAUUUAAAAAAUCUCAAUUCGAAAAAAAAUUUUGAGGUAGAUAUUAUAAAAUUUAUGUUUUAAAAUGCAUGCUACUUAAAUUAAACAGAAUUAGCUAGAGACUUCAUUAUAAUAAUUAUUAAUUAUAUAAAAAUUAGUGAUUUUUCCAAUGGUUUUUUUGUUCACUCACGGAGUGGGGAGUUAGAAAGAAAAAUUUAUUGAGUGAAAAAGAAUUAAAGCAAAUAGAAAAGGAUAUUGAUAAAGUUAGAAGAUCAGAAAAAGUUGAGCAAGAAAGGCUUAAAAACUUAGAAAAAUUGAAAGAAAUAAAUGAAAAAUUAGAAAUGAGAAAGAAAAGGGUUGUGAAAAAAGUUGGAAGGCCGCAGAUGACUAGAUCUAAGCUUCCAGAGAAGGUUGAAAAGAAGGUUGCUCCUACAAUUCCUCAAGAAGUAAAAGACUGGAAAGAAUUUUUAGAAGAAGACAAAAAUAUUCCAUCAUAA